AUGGCGGGGAUCGAUCAAGAAGCUGACAUUGGCGACAUUCAGGACUUUCCCGAGGAUAUCACCAAAGAAGAUCUAGAAAAUAUAGGCGAGGAGUCAAACGAGGAUUUCAAUCUAAACGUAUCGCUCGCGAUCUUAGACACAGAAACGGACGAACUCGACGCUGAGUUUCUCGAAGCCGUAACAGAAAUUGAAGGCAAGAAGUCGUUUCCUUGCUCGUAUUGCACUAAAGUUUGUAAGUUGAAAGGUGGCUUAACAAAACACACGAAUUCCAAACACCGCGAAGCAAAUAUCAAUGUGCCAACCGAAUCGGACAAAGUUACAGAAGUCAAUCUUAUUCAUUAGAAAAUCUAGCUGGCAUUGUCGAGGCAAUCAAAGUUCGUUUGAUCAUAAGGCCAGUGUUUGGGAAAAAGCGUUUGAGAAAGAAUGGUUCAACUGGAAAUACAACCUAAAGCUUGAGAAAUUUGAACUUGUCGAACUCUUGAAGUUAGCAGUUAAACAUCAGCUAUUCCAAAUCGAUGAUAAGUUACACGAGCAAGUCGACGGAGUUGCAAUGGGCUCCCCACUUGGUCCACUCAUGGCGAACGCGUUCAUGUGUUCAAUUGAGGUAUAGCUGGUAGAACGCAACCUGAUGCCUUCCUUAUACCACCGGUUUGUUGAUGAUUCCAUCACAUCGCAAAGCAAUAUUGCUUCCGCAGAAGCAUUCCUUUCCACCCUCAACAGUCUGUAUCCAUCCCUUCAGUUCACUAUGGAAUUAGAUGCCGAUGGUGUAUUACCUUUCUUGGGCACAACCCUAAUUAAUAAGUUCGAGUGUUUACUCUAUGAAAUGUUAUAUAUUAAAGAUCUUAAACCUAGUUUAAACAAACAAUCGGACUUGAUACGCUCUAAACUAUUUACUUAACAUUCUAUGUUAGCAUAAUUGUUCGUCUAGUGUUGUUUUAUUGUUUGUUUAAUUGUUUGUUAUCAAUUUGUAUGUUUAAUUAUUCUAAUUAUGUUAAUUGGUUUAAAAUUGCAACUGUCAUGUAUGACGAAUUAGUUUGCUUGCGCAAAUAUGUAAACGCUAUCUAUAUUAAUUUAAUCGUUUUCUGUUAUAAUUUGAACUUGAAAAUGAGGUCAAGAUGACUUCGAAACGUCGUUCUUUAAUAAAUUUGUUAUCGCUAUCAUAUUUGUCUAAAUUUUUGCUUUUUUCAAGUUAUUCUGUUUUAGAAUUUAAGAAGCUGCUUUAAAUUCCCAAGAGCUGAAUUCGAAAAUCGUGCGCUUUACAAAGAUAUUAUAAUAUCUUAAUAAGUCAAUAUUUAAUAUUAAUAUCUAGCUGUCAAUAUCUUACACAUCUUCACUUUCGGCUUAGUGCUAGGGCAUUCAAAUUCUAACAGUUAUUUCAAUAACUUUGGUUUUUUUGGGACACCCUGUUGUAAAAUCACGAUUAUAUAAGAUACAUAAAUGUGUGGUAAUUUACAACGUCAGCACGCGUGACUUGCAUUUCUGAAGGAAAGCUCAGUGAUUAAAUUUUCAUACAAGAGAAACUCCUAUUCUUAUUAAAUAUAUUCUUACUAAAUAUGCUUUUAGGGUUCCUGGAAUUUGCUUCUCUAAGCAAGACUUUAAGUUUAGGUAUAUGUAUAUGUAACUAUGCAGUGCAUGGACGGUUCACUUCUCCAGUUUGGUUAGGUUCAAGUCCACGCAUGUACGAAAGUUUUCGAACUGUUUACGAUAAAUUUAUCAUUAAUCAUAACUCAAUGCCGUCCGGCCAUGAGAUUUCCGUCGUUAUUAAUAUAAAGAACGCCGCGACAAUUUGUAGUACAAAAAUAGCACAAAAAAAUCCGCUUGAAAGAUAUAUUCUCGAACAAUGUUAAAAUAGCCAUAAGAUAUAAACUAACCAUACUCGAAGAAUGUAAACUAGUCAUACUAUACCUAGAGAGGGACCGAAGUUAUAUUCAGCGAAAGGUAUGGCUUAGUGACUCAUCGUCGUACAUAUUUAAUGUUUAUAUUGUUCAAAGUGUAUUGUAUAUGGUCCGCCGUAUUCAAACGAAACUUUCUACACGAAAGCGCUUGAAAACAAGGAGUAUUUCACUCCUAUUGACUUGCAGUAUUCUGAAUAGUUUUGAAGGUAUUCAACUUUUUCUCGAUAUGAAAUACAUAAUGUCUGGCCAAGCGGUGAGUAGGCUAAAUAUAUACGAUUGUUUUGGUUUGUGUAAUGUUUCGAAGGCAUAUGUAAUGUUUUGACCGGCCCGUUCUACAGGUGUCAAAGGUUAUUUUAUGAGGAUUUCAACAGGGGUUUUCUUCUUUUUAAAGGGCGGGUAAAUACUUGCCGAGAUAUUUUAAACUUCCCCACUACAAAAUCGGAAAUGUCAAUAUAAACCAGACGGCAUUGACGUUCAUUUUUUGAUCCAGUAAACGCCAUGUACGCUUCAGCGUACCUAUUUUUUGGUUUGUAAACCGUCAUUGGUGCUUAUACCGGUACAAUAUUACGGUAUAAACAGACACGAAGUUUAAAAUGCCAAACUAGUAAUCUAGCGUAGGUGUUCAUCGUAUAUUAACGUGGGUGUUCAUCAAAUAUAUGAUACUUGUCUGUCAGUAUAGAUAUAAAUAUAAAAUGUGUAAUCACGUAUAAUCGUUCGUUCGUUCGUUCGUUCGUUCGUUCGUUCGUUCGUUCGUGCAAGAUAAAGCAUAACGAAUUUUAUCCUAUAUACAGAUACUAUGCACUGCCCUUGUGGUUCGCAUAAAAUUUUGAAUGGCUGUUAUACGUUUAUGAAGAACAAGGUCACAUGGGACAAAGCUCGCGCAGAUUGUUUGAAACGCGGUGGAGAUCUAGUCAUUCAUACCAGUAACACAGAAUGCGAUCUUCUCAGUCAGCGUGCCAAUAUACCCUUGGAAUGAAUGUUCCGUGGAUUGGUGCCUCCAGGUAUCUCAAUUAUACAUGGUGUGUAAGAAAGGGUUAUCUAACUUUGAUGGGUACUAUAGAUGAAAAUUACAGAGUGGAAAUUUAUAUACAUUUAUUAGACUUAACCAUGAACAGAAGCUGAAAAGUGGAACUUUUAGGUCCCUGGCUGCAGGAAUUGAACCUGCGGCAAUGCAUGCGAUUCCGGUGCAGCGCUCUAACCAUGCAACUGAGCUACAGAGGUCAGCUUUCGAGCUCUAACGACAAGUUCAUGUCUAGCUAUGGUACUGCCAUGUAUAGGUUAUAAUGCAUGGGUAUAAAUAUCAAGAUUUUUGUUACAUCUCACUCGAAUGAAUAGUAUUGGAUGGGUAUUGUAGAUGGACUUUUGUCAAGUAGAAAUUUAUAUACAUUUAUUAGAUCUAACCAGGAACAGAAGCGAAAAAUGCAACUUUAGGUCCCUGGCAGGAAUUGAACCUGCGGCCCUGCGAUUCUGGUGCACUGAGCAAUCUAACUUUAACAUUUUAUCGUACGGUGGUAUAAAUCAAGCACACCUACGACAACGUAACUGAGUUGUUCUAGUUGUGUGCUUAAUUUAGGCACUGCAACUCCUACUGUCGCAAGCAUGCGACAGUCAGUAGGAAAAAAGGUUCUAUAGUGGAAAUUAAGUGCAUGCUUUUCAACCAUUCCAAAAUUAGUACUAAUACUGUAUGUCAUGAAAAUAAUGGUAUAAAAAUCAUUGAUAAGUUUUUUUUGCAAGAAUUUUUCUUGUUUUUUGCAGACGACGACAGGAUGCGAAAUUCUAUAAUACCUGUGGAAAAGCAUUAAGUUUCAAACGCUGGAAUGCGGGCGAGCCAAAUAACCAUGGGAACAAUGAAAACUGUGCCCAUAUGUAUUCGCAUGGCUCAUGGAAAGGAAAAUGGAAUGACGUCGAUUGUAACGGAGGCUAUGGAUACAUUUGCCAAUUUAAAGCACACAGAUGUGAGUUUUAACAAACAAGCUGCUCUAUUAAGCGUUAAGGUUCUUUUCCACUCAUCGCUAAAACAGCUAGCAGCGAGCAUGCGAGUCCUCACAAGCUCGGCGCAGGUUAAUUUCCACACUUCGUCAUCUCGUGUGACUAAUUUACGUUUUUGCAAAAUGGCGGCCGCUUUAAUUCGACGCCUUUUGCACUUACUUUAUUUAAGAGGAUGUAGGAGAGGACGUCUCAAGUAUGUAAAACGUUAAGAUGAUAAAUAUGAUAUGAUAAAUAUAAUGUUUAAAUGAUAUUUUCAACGAAUUCCAUUGGCUACUGGUUUUCUUUGUUCGCGCGAUCAGAAAAUAUUGUUGAAAUUAUUUAACUUCGCUGCGAGUGUUUGCAAGCUCGCUGCCAGCUGUUUUUGCGAUGAGAGGAAAAGAGCCUUUAAGGCCCAUACAGACCGGACACGAUUUGGCAACGCGACGAGAAUUUUCAAUUUUCAAUGACAUUUAACUUCAAUAUUUUUCAGUGUUUUUCAAAUAUUCGGGACCACUUAAGCAGUUUUAGCUAUUCGGUCUAAAUCCCGUUGACGGUUUUAUUUCAUUUUGAAAACUGAACAUUCGCGUCGCGUUGCCGAAUCGCGUCCGGUCUGUGUGGGCCUUUAUAGUCGCUGGGACUAUUGCGAUGAAAAUUGAAAGCUUUGCAUUUUUCACACGGAGCUGUCAAUUUUGUGUGAGAUGCCCCCUGGAAAGUUAAAAUUUUCAGGACUUAGAGUUGAGUUUCCAUUGACAGUAUUGUCUAUUUUGUGAAAGUCCCUUUUGUCAUUUUUGAAAAGCAUUAUUACAGUCUAAUACAGUCGCUCGAGGUCAACGUACUUUUUAUUGUCAUAUUGAUUUCAAAUACCUCAAUAUUAAACGAAUUUUCUUACUAUAUGUUGUCGUGUCUGAAUAAUGAUACAUUUUUUGUUAAAGGUGAUUAA